AUGAUGUCAGCCGGCCCUCACCACUCAGUGCCCAUGACGCAGGCACAGAUCAACCAGCAGCAUCACCACCAGCAGCAGGCCAACCAUCUUGCCAAGCUGAGGAGCCGCAAGCCGACCGACAAGAACCUCCCCGAUGGUGUUGAAGAGACACUGGUCGGAGAAGGCGACGUCGCCCUCGCCUACAAGAACCUCCGCGACUUCGAACGCCGGCUCGACGCUACCAUGACACGCAAGAGAUUGGAUAUCGUGGAUUCGGUGAGCCGAAAUGCAAAGCGAUUCAAGACGCUGCGCAUCUGGAUCAGCAAUACAGUUGAGGAUCAAUUCUGGCAGACAAGCGGCCUCAACAUUGACGGCUUUGACUACGCAGGCAACCUUGAGUCAUCAUACCGCGUCAAGAUUGAGGGCCGGCUACUGAAUGACGAGGAUGAGACGGACAGGGAGGAGGGCGAGGAGGAGGAAUCCAAGGCAGACCAGAAUGAAACGCAGGGCGAUAAGAUGGAGACCGACAGCCCGAGCAAGACCAAGCCUAAGGCUGCCCCUCCGAAACACGGACAACGACCCCGGCUGUCGCAUUUCUUCAAAGCUCUGACAGUGGACUUCGAACGGCCGAGAAACGGGCGGCAAACCGUUGAGACGAGCGUCGAAUGGAAGAAGCCGGAUAGGACGCCGGCUGGCUCGGUCAACCUGCCGGCCAUGGCCGACUUUGACGAGAUCACGUUCAAGCGCAACGGCGACGAGAACACCGACAUCACCAUCAACCUGUUCAGGCAUGAGGAGCCGGAACGCUUUGAGCUCAGCAACGAGCUCGCCGAGGUCAUUGACAUGCGCGAGGCCACCCGCCAGGAGGCCGUCAUGGCGCUGUGGGAGUACAUCAAGCUCAUGAGGUUGCAGGAAGACGAAGAGAAGCGGAAUUUCCGAUGCGACGAGCUGCUGAAGAGGGUAAUCGGCCGCGAAGCAGGCUACAUCCCCCACCUAAACGACUAUAUCACCCCCCACCUGAAGCCUCUGCCGCCCAUCAAACUGGCAUACACCAUCCGCGUCGACGAAGAAUUCCACAAAAACCCACAACCAACCAUCUACGACGUCCGCGUCGCAGUCGACGACCCCUUACGUUCCAAACUCGUCCCCUUCAUCCAAAACCCGCAGUACGCCGCCAUGCUGAAGGAGGUUGCCGUGCUCGACGACCAGCUUGCGACGCUGGUGCAGGCCGUUGCCCAGUCCAAGGCCAAACACACCUUCCUCACGUCCAUGGCCAAAGAUCCCGUCGGGUUUGUCCGCGCCUGGCUGAGCUCGCAAAAGCGGGAUUUGGAUGUCAUCAUGGGCGAGGCUACUCGCGGCGGGACGGGCGGUAGUGGGGUGGCGGGAGAGGAAGGCGCUGCGGGGGAUGAGUGGCGGAAGGGUGGUAGGGGGAGUGUUUGGAAUACGCCCAACGCGAGGGAGUCGGUUAAUGUCUUGCUUUCGAAGCAGCCUGCGCCGAGGUGA